UCCCAGGCAUGUAGUUAUUAAUAACCACAAGAGACUGUACACAUUCAAAACACCAAAACACACCCUGUUGUAUUUUCCAAGAAAAAGGUGGCUCAUUAAUUGACACAUGGAGCUAACUGGAUCCACCCAGAUGGCCACUUACACUCGGCCCAAAACCAGCCACUUCCUGCCCGCCAUAUCCACCACGGCAUUCAGUUAUCGGAGCCACCAACCAGCCUUGACCCUCAACCAGAAUUCAAACAUGCCCUGGAGGACUAAUUCGUACUUUAGAAGUGGCAGCGCUAUCCCGACUGUAUCAGCCCUUCAAAGAGAAAACUUGGACUUAGUCCGGGCCAAGACCAUGUUCUACCCCUCUAACAGAACAGCUCUCAGUACACGCUACAUGCCUGAGGACUGGUACAAGUCCAACCAGAGUAACUACAGGGAGUCCGAAUCCUCCCGGAACAGUGCCGAAAGGCUUCGGAGGGACACGAUCCGAAUGAUCCAGGAUAAGGACCAGAUGACCCGUAGAACUCAGGACACCACCAGCAAGAACAUCGGAGAAAGACUAAACGACAUCAGCUUCUGGAGAUCAGAGCUCAAUCAUGAGAUAGACAACAUGGUGACAGAGAUAUCAGUACUGAUGGAUGUGAAAAGAAGGCUGGAAAGAGCACUCGCUGAGACUGAAGGGCCACUGCAGGUUUCUCAGGAAUGCUUGUUCCACAGGGAGAAACGGAUGUCCAUUGAUCUGGUUCAUGAUGACGUAGAGAAAGAUUUGAUUAAGGAAGUGGAAGUGAUUAAGUCAUGUCAGGAGAGAAUGAGGCGGCAUUUAGACCGAGCUAUUGCUCAACUAGCGUCGAAUCGUGCAGCACAGCACGAGCUGGAGAGAGAUUUGAGUGACAAGGUCACAGCACAGAGAAUUGAUGAUAGGUGUCACCAUCUCAGGAACACCUCUGAUGGAAUCAGCUACUAUAGAGGGAUCGAUCGCAUGGACCCAUCUAUCAGUCUUCCAGACUCCUGGUCGAAGUUCACUGACGACAACAUCCUACAUUCUCAGAGCGAACGCGCCGCCUCUCACAAACUGCGUGAUGAGAUUGAGAUUCUGCUCAACGCCACUUCAAAUGAGAUGUGGAACCAGUUUAACUCUGUAAAUGUGUCCUUUACCAACCGCAUCUCUGAGAUGGCAGAUGCCAAGAACAAUCUGCAGGCCCACCUAGCAAAGACCCUUCAGGAAAUCUUCCAGACCGAGACGCUGAUUGAAGCUUUAAAAAAGGCUAUCCGAGACAAAGAGAACCCACUUAAAGUGGCCCAGACACGUCUGGAAGAGAGGUCUCGCAGACCCAACGUCGAACUCUGCAGAGACAAUCCUCAUCACAGGUUGGUUACAGAGGUGAGGGAGAUUGAAGACACCAUUCAUAAACUGAGAGAGAGAUUGAGGGAGGCUGAAAACACUCUCCAGACCCUGGUGAAGACCAAAGUUACUCUGGAGCAUGACCUGUCAGUCAAAGCCAACUCUCUGUUCCUGGAUCAGGAGAAAUGCAUGGGCAUGAGGAAGAGCUUUCCCAGCACUCCUCGUCUAGUCGGAUACACAUAAAUCUUCCAGACCCUCCAGAAGCUGCUUAACCAUUCAUCUAAAUUCAAAUGUUCUUUUUAAGAAGAUAAACUACAAGAUUAGCAUCAGAACAGCUUGACAGUUUCUUUCUUAGUCCUCUUGAUUAAGUGGACUGACAUUUUACACCUUUCUCACCUCUGUCUGUUAGUUAAGCACACUGUAAUGAUUAGAAUUGAUUGUCUCUUCACCUUUGACUGUUCAGAUUAAAAAAUCAAUAAUCUCUGAACUGCUAGAAAAUAGAAGAACUGCCCUUUUUAGUCUAAAGAAA